AUGUCUCUCCCCAAGACCUACAAACACACAGUCUUCAAAGCCCAGGGCGAGCCCCUCACCCUCGAGGAGGUUACUCUCAGGGCGCCCGCCGAGGGUGAGAUCCUCGUCAAGGUGGAAGCUUGCGGUGUCUGCUACUCGGACAUAUCGGGCAAGGUGCAGAAGGCAAAUGAGAGCCAGCUACUACGCCCCCUAAAGACGGCUGCGGUUGGCGUCUUGAGCGAGGGACAAGGAAACCAAAACAUAGCUAGCGUCAAAGCCACAGUGAUCAUCGUUGUGUGGCGCAACAUCGCCUUUUGA